AUGUUCAUCAAGGUGAAAUGCGGACAAUUGGUGGCUCGUCUUCAUAUGGAUAAAUUUGUGUGUCCAGGGAUACACCAGCAGUGUAUUGAGCUUAAUGGUGAGUUAAUCAGUCCGAAGGAAUUUACAGUUAGAGCAAACAAAGAUAAGCAGAAGGACUGGAAGGGAAGUAUUAGGAUCGGAAAGUCUAACAUGAGAGCUCUUAUGGAAAUGAAAACGCUGGAUUUUUAUAACCAUGAUGCGUACUGUAGUGCAAAGUGUCAAAGUAGAAAUUACAUCACAUCAAAAAGUUUUGCUGCUGACCUAGCGAUGAACCAGGAGGCAUAUCAUGGGGCAUCAACUUCGAAUGGCUUUGAUGUUCGGGACACGGUCAAUUGCAGUCCUACUGUUGUUUCGACUGCGCUACAACAGCUAGUCGCACAGACCGUAAGCUCUCCGUCGGCGUUGGCAUCACUGAGCCUCAUGGCUAAGGACCCAAUGAUACUUUCCUCAUUCCUGAACGCGAACAUGAGGUCUACUGAGAAACAGAUCAAAGUCGAAGAUAAUUCAGAUCAGGGCUGUAUAUCAACUACAAGUGUAUCAAAAGCCAUGCAAAAUAAUCCCGUGAAGUUUUGGUCACUUAUGAAUGAACUGGGAAUAUUAGAUGAUAUUUUGGAAAUGAUUUCCAGCUCAGUGGAGCAAACUAGGCGGCUAAUUAAUGUAAAUCCUUCGCAGCGGGAUUUAGGGUUUACAAUUGCUGAGCGACUCACGAAAAUUGCUCGAGCUCUUGAUCUGGAGGAUACCAUUGGGAAUCGUAUUCAGGCCGAAAAGUUGCAGUGUGCGAUUGAAACAAAUUUUCUCACAGAAUUACAACGGAAAACUGAGGAGAGUAGAAGGAAAUUUGAGGAAGCCAGACAAAAGGCUGCUCGUUUUGAUGAGCUUCUUGCUGAUGCUGUAGCUCCGGCAAAGAGGAAGCGUACAGCAACUGCUGAAGAGAGAUCAGCUGCGACUUCUGUUUAA